AUGAGUUCGUCGUGGGGAACAAGAUGGCGUUCCUGUCAAUAGUCUCAGCUAGAACUUACCAUUAGAUGUCAAUAGUUUGACACAGUCAAUUUUUUUUAAAACCUUGGACAACACUAUUUUGCACAUGUCUGGGCAGCCAGAAUCAUGACAACCACAGUGACUUUUGUGGACUAAAACCUUCCAGGAACCAGCGAAAUGUGCGACAGCUAUGCCCGCUCUCUGCUUCGUGUGUCGGUGGCGCAGAUCUGUCAAGCCCUUGGCUGGGACGCUGUUCAGCUAACAGCAUGUGAUCUUCUAUCUGACGUGUUGGACCGCUACAUUCAGCAGUUGGCAAGAGGUUGCCAUCGUUAUUCUGAACUCUAUGGAAGGACAGACCCCGUGCUGGACGAUGUGGGUCAGGCCUUCAAACUGUUUGGCAUUAACCUCAACGAACUGGAAGAUUAUGUCCAUAACUUGGAACCGGUUGGAUUUGCCCACCAAACGCCUCUUUUCCCAGUCAGCAAAAACAAUGUCCUACAGUUCCCACAACCGGACACUCGAGACAAGGAGGAGAGGAAGGAGUAUAUCCCCGACUACAUGCCACCAUUGGUCUCUUUGCAGGAAGAAGAGGAGGAGGAGGAAAGUGUGCUGGCGGACAUGGGCACGUCAGCCGAAGCUAUGCAAGUACCUUUAGAUGAGGACGAAGACGAGGAGGAGGAGGAGGAGGAGGCAGGCGAAGACGUCAACGACGAGAACCACCCGCUGAAGAGGCCCAUGCUGAGUCCUGAUGCCAACAUGGGCAUGGUGCCCACCAGCAAGAGGCCCCGGCUCUCCUCCGGCUUCAGCCCCGAGUGGGCAGGCGAGCCUCGGGAGCCCCUCAGCUCCAUCAACCCCCAGCGCGUCCCUCCUUCCUCCUCCAUGAUGAUGAUGAUGGACGGGAUGGGAUCCCGAGCGUCGUCGUCACCGGAGAUGCCGCCGCUGUUGCCCAAUCCCGGCUUCAGGCCGCUGCCCAUGAUGCCCAGGCAGGCAGACAUCAAGGUCUCCUGCGCAGCCAACAGAAAGCCGAGCGUCUCCUCUCCUGGAAGGCAGAGGGCGAGGUCGCCAAAAGGGGGCAGCAUUGGACCCUCCUCGGCAGGGAGUCCCAUAUGCUCGCCCAAAGCCUUCUCCAAGGAGAAGAGGAAAUCACCAGCUCAAGCUAAAAGUCCAAAAAGCCCCAAAACCUUGUCGUCUUCCUCGUCCACCUCCAGACCUGGCCUGGAGAAAGUGCCUCACAUGCCCGGGAAGAGCAGUGACCCUCUACUGCAGAGGGCUCCUCUCGCCAGCCUGAGUGAGCGGAUGGGGAAGGAGAACGUCCACAUCCGACAUAUGCACAACCUGGAGUCGGAGAGCAGGCAGCAGCAGCAGCUCGGGGAAUCGCCACAUCUCAGGAAGCCGGAGCCGCCCGACCACACCAUCGACGACUCCAUCGACGACUCCAUCGACGCGGUGAUCGCCAGGGCCUGUGCGGAGCGCAUCGAACCCGACCCCUUCGCCUACACGUCGGCCGACUCUGAGGACUCGGAGAGCGAUAGCGCCUCCAGUCCGAGACGGCUGACCAUCUCGGAGGCGGUGACGCCCAAGACGGCCAAGCUGGGAGCCAGUGUCGCGUACGACACGUCCACACCCUACUCAGGAUCUGCCGUCGGCGGAGGUGGCGUGCCGAGGGGCGCGUGGACCAUGGACGACUCUAUCGACGAGGUCAUUCGCCGCGCAAAUCAGGGAAGUUCGUCCGGGACGGGCCUGGACUCGUCUUAUCUCUCGUCAGGGUCCGAGUCGCCUCCCACGCCCGAGCCUCUGAUGAAGCUGUUUGAGGACAAGCACAACAAGCUGGCGUCUGUGUCGGCUGACGUGAAGAAGAAGCUGAAGAAGGAGCUGAAGACCAAGCUGAAGAAGAAAGAGAAAGAGAAGCCCAAGGAGAAAGAGAAAGAGCGAGACAAGGACAAGAGCAAGGUGAAGGAGAAGAGCCGCGACAAGAGCCGCGACAAGAGCAAGGAGCCGUUCCACAAGGAGGCCUCCAAAAUGCCCUGGAAGGACUUCUCCCUGCGGGGAGACGAGCCCAGGGAACAACACUUCAAGAUACGUGACCUCAGCCUACUACCCGAGAUGCCCCCGAAGUCAUCCAAAUCCAAAGAUGCCAUGGAGAGCAGCUUCCGGAAGGACAAGGAAAAGCACAGAGACAAGAAGAAGGAGAAGGACAAGGCCAAAAAGGACAAAGACGGCAAGCGGGAGAAGAGCAAGGACCGGGGGAAAGAGGAGAAGAAGCUGUCGGCAGCGGCCCUCACGCCGUUCGGCCAGGCGGACGCCUUCUCUCUCUUCAGUCCAGCCAGCUGUCUGCGCAUCCCCUCCAUGCUGCCCUCCCUCGCCCCCAUCCUGCCCGAACGGGACGCCGGCGGCAAAGGCAGCAAGGAGAAGGACCGGAAGAAAGACAAGAAGGAAAAGAAGAAGAAGAAGGAGAAGGAAAAGGAGCGCGAGCGUGCCAAAGAGAAGGAGAGGGAGAAGGAGGAGAAGAGGAAGGAGAGGGAGAAGGAGAAGGAGAAGGAGAAACGAGAGAAGGAAAGAGAGAGGGAGAGAGAAAAGGAGAGGGAGAGGCUUAAGCUGGAAAAGAUGAAGAUGGAGCCUCCUGCGGCCGUGCCAUCUCCAGUCAUCCCCAGACUGACUCUCAGGGUGGGAGGCCAGGACAAGAUUGUCAUCAGCAAGGCCAAUCCCGACGCCGCCGUCCCCAAGCCUCCACAGCCCAAGACGCAGAGUGCGAAGGCAGCCCAUCCUCUGCCCCCCAUCCUGUCCCCCGCAGUCCCACUCCUGCCCCCCGCCCUGCUCCCACCCGUUCUCUCUGCACCUGUUGCACCCCCGCCUCUGCCCCCCGCCCUCUCGCACUCCGCUACCUCCUCCAAGGCCCCCGUCUGCAGCGUUGUCACCGAGACCGUCAGCGCCUACGUGGUUCGUGAUGAGUGGGGAAACAAAAUCUGGAUUUGUCCUGGGUGCAAUAAGCCGGACGACGGCAGUCCCAUGAUCGGAUGCGAUGACUGCGAUGACUGGUACCACUGGCCCUGUGUGGGAAUGACGACCGCUCCACCCGAGGAUGACCAGUGGUUCUGCGUCAAUUGUGCCAGUAAGAAAAAGGACAAAAAACACAAGAAAAGGAAACACAAAGUGCAUUGAAACUGGGGCUGAUAUUUUCUUUUAUGGCAGUCGCAAGCAUUUUUCGUCUCUAAGUGUUUCUCAAAACAUAACCUUUAGAAGAGAGUUUACCGAACUAAACUUGAAAGAAAUGUUCAAACUACUGUUGUCUGGAUUGGAUUGACCGUGGCUUCUCCUUUAAUCAUGUUGAAACCCAGUCUAUCCGCCAUAGCACCUUAACUGGGACAAUAUGGAAGAAAUGAACGGUAUGGGUGUUUGCAAUAUAAAGGCAUCAGAAUAAAUUAUGUUUUUUUUUCCUUUUUAGAGUUACGUUUGCUAAACUGCAAAAAAUGUCCGUUAGACUUAUUUCAGUGUACUUUUCCCACCUUGGAUGAAAAUUUGCAUGAAGGUAGACACUGAGGUACGCUGAGGGUAGGUCUCUGUGGUAAGCCUCCAGACCUCUAUGGCAAGUCUGUUUCAUGUCGCUUGAGAAGAUUGACUUGCUAGUGAGUUUCAACUUUAUCAGCUGGCAAUUUUUUUAAAUUGAGUUAAUUUUUGUUUGUUCUGUAAUUAUUGUACAUUUUUUGAAAUUAGUUUGUAUUUUCAUUUUUCCUCAAACAUAUUUUCCGUAUGCUUUCAGCAUAUUUUAUUUGCCCAAAUUAAUGUAUUAUUGACUAACAGAUCCAGAGUUUAUUAUUAUAUAGUUUGGGCGGUGUGUCUGCAUGAAAUGAUUAGAAAUUAUAUUUGUGCUGAAAUUAAACCUCCUAACAGUCGCUGACAAUCCCGGGACAAUGAAAUCCUGCACUGACUGCUCCUUUCAAAGUUGCAGUGAAUGUUUUGUGUCCACAAUAUUAUAUUUAUAUAUUUCUUUGUUUUUUUAUUGAUAUACCCGAAUAGAAAUUGUUGAGUAAUUUUAACAGGACAAAUUAGAGAAGCUUCUAUAAAGGAGGAGUGUGCACACAGAUGAUAAAGAUUUAUAUUUAAAAGAAGUUUAUGAAUGUAUGAACUUGAAUAAAAGUCUUCUCCCUUGUCAAUAUUAUUCUGAUUUCGAUCCACUUUGGAAAUUGUGUUAACUCUGUCGAGCUAAAGAUGUGAUAUACAGUAUGUUUCGUAAGUGAGUACGCCCCUCACAUUUUUGCAGAUUCAUGAGUAUAUCUUUUCAUAGGAGGGCAUUAAAGAAAUUUCACUUUGACACAAUGAUUAGUGACCUUUUAACAAUAUAUAUAACUGCUUUAAUUUCUUGUUCACUCAGAAAAAAAAUAUAUAGCCAUUAAUGUUUGAACAUUGCCCACAAAAGUGAGUACACCCCAGAUUAAAAUCUGGUGGAGAAGGGGCAGUGUUGGCUCGAAUCGUCUCGAUAUGAAAAGGGAUUAAAAGGGAGGUCAUUGGUGUUUCAACCUUUCUUUACAUUGAACUUUUACAUGACACUCUCCAUAGGAUUUCAUUCAAAUCUCACACCAAUCUAUUUAAGCCAGGUGCCGACUCAAAAUGUAAAAGUUCAAAAUGUAAAAGUAGCGAAUGCAAGAAGAAAAAGAGAGGCACCCAGAAAAGCAAAUGUACCUGUAAGAAAAAUGAAGGUUAUUAUUUUCUUGUGACAAUACAGGAUGAAAUGGAAAAGUAAAAUUCCAAUGAAGUAGCAGCGCUGAUUGGUUUGUUACGAGAUCAGUCUGUCUUUAAAUCAUACUCGGCUGCUGACAGCCUUGGUUGAGCCCAGGACAAAUAAAACAUGAGAAAAUGUGUUUCAA